CCCAACCUCAAGUGAUCCACCGACUUCAGCCUCCCAAAGUGCUGGGAUUACAGGCGUGAACCACCGUGCCAGGCCAAUUCAUGUUUCUUGAUGACUCUUCAAUGAAGGGGCUUAGGGAAAGGGCAAAGCAAGUCACAGAACAUAAAAAUUCAGAAAUGAACACAAAGGUCAGAGUGAAAAUUCAGGAAUAAACUUGUGCAAGCAUUCUUCAAAAAAGCACUUCUGCCUAAGCAGUUAAAAACAUGAAAGCAUCUAUUUUGAAAGACAUAGAUAUCCAUUAAUUGCUAACAGUAGAAAUAUAAUAAUAGUUCAAAGAUUUAGUUUAAUAAGUAUAUUUGUAAAGCUUUAAAGGCAUUACCAAACUAGCCACUUUUUUAAUUCAUAUGGAAAAUCAAUCUUUAGAAUAAACAGGAAAGCACAUAAGCUCAAAAUCAAUAGCAACUUAUAUUGCACUAAUGGUAAGACUCAUUUCAAUGUAGUAGCUGUCCAACUGUAUACAACUAUAUUCACUUAACAAUUAGGUUGCUUAGACCAGGACUUCUAAUGGAAUGCCUCUCAUAAUUUACCAGUUAAAUCUGCAGAUGGGGGUUAUCAGUAGUAGUUACAGUUUAAUAGAAGCUGUUAGCGUUGAACAUGUUUAUUGUACAGUUCAAGAGGAAAUAGGUCCUCAGAUGUUUAGCACUUAGCUUUAUGUUUAAGAACACUAGCCUGGUAGGAACGUGUCAGUAAUAUCCCUUACUUAAUGAUCGUAUUUUUAAAAAAUCAAAGUAAUAAACGAUAAAGAGAAUCCAGAAUGAGAUAAAAGAAAAACACAGAGUCAGAAAGUCUAAAAUGUGGAGGAAAUGGAUAAUGUAAAUAAAGUAAAAAUGAGCCAAAUGUAUCUUCACAGGCUAUGAGAAUCGCCUAAAGGCACGGUUACACAAACCAUAAGACAGACUGAGGGUCUCCUGGAAAUGGAUGGACAAAAGUGUUUAAAAGGAUCAAAAUGGGUGGAUUUUAAAGAUCUCAUAUCCAUUAAGCAAUCAGUAUUAAAGAAACAAUAGUAUUGUCGAAAAAAGUGUUUAAAACCAAAGGGUAACAUACCUUUGGAUAUAUAAUUUCCAUAAAGUUUGUUUAAAGAAAAAAACCUCCAAAACGACCUGUCUUUGUUUAAACAAUGCUGCCUGCCAAGCGAUUUUGUUUAUUAAAUUUUUUCUCAGGUUUAGGAGACAAGGAUUGAGAAAAAAUGUGGAAUUGGAGAUCUCGAAGAUAUGUGUUUAAGCAGUGGGACCUUAACGUUAGACGCACAGAAAUGCGUUAACGAAAGCCAGUAAAACUGAGAAUGGGGUCUUCUGGUAAAUCUUGUACUUUCGUUUGUAAGAAACUUGUAUAUAAAGAAGUUUACCAAGUUUCGGGAAUAAGAUAAUAAAAUGCACUUAACCCAUUCGCAAUCCUACCCCUACCUACCUUACCUCUGUCGGGUUAGCUUCUCACGCGCGCGCCGGCACCUUCUGUGAAGCGGGGUGCUGGGCUCUACCCAAGCAGCGCUUACGCGGAAGGGCAAUGCUCCCCCCGCACCCCCGUUCAGGCCAACCAGGUCUCCCCUUCCUACGCGGAAAGCAGCGGCGGGCUCCGGGGCGUGGGAACUAGAGAAGGGAAGGCGUGCGCUCCUCCUCCCCAGCUGGGCGGAGCCGCACCCGCCCGGAGAGUGGUGAGGGCCACCGCGGCGCGCGGGCGCUCAGUCGCGGGAGGAGCUCUUUCGCGGUGCCCGGAGCCAGCGCACACCCCACCGCCCCCGGGACCUGUUGGGGACUGGCCCGAACCGUCGUCGAAGGGAGCCGCCCGGCAACCCCCGACGUCCCUCGCCCCGCCCGACGUUCCCGCUAGUGGUCAAACCAGCCGGACAAGCCAAACUCGCCGGGUCUCCCGGCAGCAGCAGGUGGCCCCGUCCUUCCAGGGAGGGCCGUGCGCCCCGCGGCGCUCCGGAGCCCUCUCGGCCGCCCCCGCCAGGCGGGAUGGAGGCGGACGGAGACGGAGAGCAGCUGGCCCGGCUGCGCUCGGUCUUCGCCGCCUGCGACGCGAACCGCUCGGGACGCCUGGAGCGUGAGGAGUUCGAGUCACUGUGCGCGGAGCUGCGGGUGCGGCCGGCCGACGCCGAGACCGUAUUCCAGCGGCUCGACGCCGACCAUGACGGCGCCAUCACAUUCCAGGAGUUCGCACGUGGCUUCCGCGGGGCCCUCCGCGGGGGGCGGCGCCAGGACUGGGGUCUGCUGGAACCUGCGCCCGCCGUGGCUGAGGCGGGGCCCGAGACCCCCGACAGCGAGGAGGACGAGGACGCGGAGGCGGCACAGGCCACCUCGUGGGGCCCGGCGAGUCCCGACCGGGCUUGGCAGGAUUUCCAGGCGCGACUCGGGGAGGAAGCCAAGUUCAUUCCCAGAGAAGAGCAAGUUAGUACCUUGUACCAAAACAUCAACCUUGUGGAACCAAGAUUAAUUCAACCAUAUGAACAUGUUAUAAAGAACUUCAUCCGUGAGAUCAGACUUCAAAGCACAGAAAUGGAAAAUUUGGCCAUUGCGGUGAAGAGAGCCCAGGACAAGGCAGCUUUGCAGCUGAGUGAGUUGGAAGAGGAAAUGGAUCAGAGGAUUCAGGCUGCAGAAUAUAAGACACGGAAAGACGAAAAACGCAAAGCUGAGGAAGCCCUCAGUGACCUCAGACGUCAGUAUGAAACUGAAGUAGGAGAUCUGCAGGUGACCAUUAAAAAGCUAAGAAAGCUCGAAGAACAGUCAAAACACAUAAGUCAAAAGGAAGAUGUGGCUGCACUGAAAAAACAAAUUUAUGAUUUAUCAAUGGAAAAUCAGAAAGUUAAGAAAGAGCUUUUAGAAGCACAGACAAACAUAGCCUUCCUUCAGAGUGAAUUAGAUGCUUUGAAAAGUGAUUAUGCUGAUCAGAGUCUGAAUACUGAAAGGGAUCUGGAAAUAAUCCGAGGAUACACAGAAGACCGAAAUAGUCUUGAGAGGCAAAUUGAAAUACUCCAAACAGCUAACCGGAAGCUACAUGACAGUAAUGAUGGCCUUAGAAGUGCCCUUGAAAACAGUUACAGCAAGUUCAACAGAUCUUUGCGUAUAAAUAAUAUCUCACCAGGGAAUACCAUUUCUAGAAGCAGUCCCAAAUUCACUGGUCAUUCCCCUCAACCUCUAGGCUAUGACAGGUCAUCCCGCUCUUCCUAUGUGGACGAGGACUGUGACUCCCUGGCCCUCUGUGAUCCUCUGCAGAGGACAAAUUGUGAAGUUGACAGCCUGCCUGAAAGCUGCUUCGACAGCGGCUUGUCUACCUUGAGAGAUCCCAAUGAGUAUGACUCAGAAGUGGAAUACAAGCACCAGAGGGGAUUUCAGAGGUCACACGGGGUGCAGGAGAGCUUUGGAGGUGAUGCUUCAGACACAGAUGUUCCUGACAUAAGGGAUGAAGAGACAUUUGGUUUGGAAGAUGUGGCUUCCAUCUCAGACUGGAAGCCCCAAGGAACUGUUAGUGAAGGCAGCAUUGUUAGUUCAUCAAGAAAGCCCAUCUCAGCACUCUCCCCCCAGACAGACCUGGUAGAUGACAACGCUAAAUCUUUUAGCUCACAGAAGGCUUACAAGAUUGUGCUUGCUGGGGACGCUGCAGUGGGGAAGUCUAGUUUCCUCAUGAGACUUUGCAAGAAUGAAUUUCGAGAAAAUAUAAGCGCCACCCUGGGAGUUGAUUUCCAAAUGAAAACCCUCAUUGUGGAUGGAGAACGGACAGUUCUGCAGCUCUGGGACACAGCUGGUCAGGAAAGAUUCAGAAGUAUUGCCAAGUCUUACUUCAGAAAGGCAGAUGGCGUUUUGCUGCUGUAUGAUGUUACGUGUGAGAAAAGCUUUCUCAAUAUACGAGAAUGGGUAGAUAUGAUUGAGGAUGCAGCCCAUGAGACUGUUCCCAUCAUGUUGGUAGGAAACAAGGCUGACGUUCGUGACACUGCUGCUGCAGAGGGACAAAAAUGUGUCCCAGGGCACUUUGGAGAGAAACUGGCCAUGACGUACGGGGCAUUAUUCUGUGAAACAAGUGCCAAAGAUGGUUCUAACAUAGUGGAAGCUGUUCUGCACCUUGCUCGAGAAGUGAAAAAGAGAACUGACAAGGAUGACAGCAAAUCCAUUACCAAUCUCACCGGGACCAAUUCCAAAAAGUCACCACAGAUGAAGAAUUGUUGCAAUGGCUAAGUCCCAAACAUCCUUGACCUGUGAAGUCUUCAUUUCCAGAAUACUGAAUUUGUGUGACUUAUUUGGCUGUUGACAGAGUGGCAUAUCCUACUGACACUGUCAUAUGGAGAGUUACAGUGCAGGAAACCCGAACCCUGCUCUCAGGUCCCUCUGGAACUUUGGCUCUUCUUUGUUUUGUCUCAGUGAGUGGUUUGGGCCCUCUGGUUAAAUAGACUAGUCAUGUCCUUACAGGUCUUAAAAGAUAACAUGUAAAUGUUUUCUAAAAUGGUAAAAAAAAAAAAAAAAGGAAAAAAUCACAUGCUCACAUCAAAGCUGUAGAGGAAACUGACUUAAUUAGAUUCAUGUGGUAGCUGAAUUAGGUUACCCACGAAGUCAGCAUUUAAGUAUUUGAUAUUAAAGUUCUAGUAAAAAGGGGUUCUCAUCCUAGGUUUGCUGUUAACUGGCCUUGUGAUCUUGGACAUGUCACAGGCCCAUGUUGGAUCUGUUUCUUCAUCUGUAAAAGGCACAGCUUGCCCUCAAAGGCCUUGCAGCCCUUGGCACCUCAGAUUCUGUAGGAAGCAGUAGGAAGGAGAGUGUGGUGGCCCACAGCUAAUAAUAAGAACUGUGGUUAUUCCUGCUUUUUGAAUAUUGGAGUAUUGAUUUUUCUCACUUCUGAAAUAAGGACAGAAUUUAAUUGAGAAAAAAAUGGAAACAUCUAUUUUUUAUGUAUAAAGAAACAUGCUUGAGACAAAAAUAGUUGUAUAUAUAAGAGGAUAUUUCAUAAUCUCAGAAUAGUUACAAAGCCCAUUGUUUAAAUUUGGUGUUAAAAAUUGUAAUGAAAACAUGUAAAGCCACAUGCUGCUGAAAGCACAAUGCCCAGGAAAGUUGUUACUCUUCACUUAAGGGAGUGGUUGCCAGGGGCUGAGAAAGGGAGGACAAGGUAUGUGGUUUCUUUGAGGGAUGAUGAGAAUGUUCUGGAAUUCAAAUAGGGGUAAUAGUUGCAUAACUGUUUGAAUAUACUAGGAACUACUGAAUGGUAUACUUUGAAAGGGUGAAUUUUAUGGUUGUGAAUUAUCUCACUAAAAAAUACUAGUACUUAGAGUGAUUUAACAUGUUGCAAAAUGAAAAUAUCCCUGCUGAUUUCAAACCUUCCCAUGGUUUAGAAGCGUAACCUGUAAUGUAAUCCAAGUCCCCUAACUCCCUAGUUGCUAACAUUAACUUCCUUAAGUAAUAAUCAAUGAAAGAAAUACUGUGUGUGGUUUUGAAAUAAUGUCUUUAAGAGAGGAAUUGCCAUUAGGAAAGGUGAGUCAGGGUCCUUUGUUUAAUGUGACUAGUCCCUCAUCAUCACCAAUGACCUGGUUGGGCCUACUCUCCUUCCAGAAUCUGCAUUGCUUCCCAGAUGUCCCCACUGAGAUGUCUCUAAGAGCCAAAGGAGUCAACAGCUGAGCCUAGGGUGGGGCUACAACACAGAAUUCUAAUUUACCUUGCUUCAUCUAGGUCCAGGCCCCAAGUCGCUUCCUGAAGGAACUUAAAAAAAAAUAGCUGUUAUUUAUUGUAUUAUAUAAGCUAAAGACAUUUCUUUUUGUUGAAUCAAAACAAUUCCAUGUAGCAAUAUUUUUUCUGUUCACGAUGUUUGUGAUAGAACCUUAUAUUCCGCAAGCGUCAGUUUUUUAAAAAACGGAAAUUGACCAGAUAUGUUACAGGCAAAGAUUAUAAAUAACUACAACAUCAUUUAACUUUUGUAAACAUACCUUCUCCCUAUUGAAGACAUCUGAUAUUUUUGCUGGAAAGUUGGAUCUAUCCUCAGCAACUCUGCCAUGAAUUCCUGUUUCCUGGUUCCAGAAAAAGAAAAGAUUACAUUUCUAAUCAUAAAGAAUGUCUUGCGUAUGGGAAAUUUUUCAAAAUAAAGGGGGUAUUAUUUAUGUGGCACGACGAAGCAAAAGUUUUGCCAUGGCUGUUUGUCUUAGUGGCACCUUUUGAUGAGAUUGGUGAGAUUGGAUCUGAUAUAGAUGCUGAUAUAUGGGACACAUGUUUAGGUUUUGGUGCAGUUGCACAAAACUGUGUUAGUUUAUAUGUUACUGUGUUGCCUUUAUUUAUUCUCUCCAAAGUGUCUCUUUUUAUUUGUUUUACAAUCUGUAAAAGAGUAUACCUGUAAUACAGAAGUAUUUUCAUAGUCUUUGUCUCUGGAUUGUCCCGUCAACGUACCCGAUGCUGAUGAGAUUACACCAGUGCCUUUGAUCAUCAACCGAUCGUCUUUAACUAUUUGAGCCCUGAUAAAUAUUUUGGUAACAUCAUCCAAAUUAGAGACUUAGAGCUCUGGUUAGCAAUCAUGUUUCAAGAGAAGCUUCUUAAUGUAUGCUGCAGUGCUGGGAGAUCCUGAUUAUUACCAGCGUCUUGAUUUCAUGAAGGUGUUCUCAAAUUUAAAGCACAUUUUCAGUAAGAACAAAAAUAUUUAAUGUUUUUAUCCUAGACUUAAUACAUUUGCAUAUUACUGUCGAAGUUAUUCACCUUGUCCCUGUUUUUCUUUAAGAGCUUUUAAAAUCACAGUUACACUAUAGUCGUUUUUAAAAUGUAUCCCGAUACAUUGUAAAAUAUUUUAAUUUUAUUAUGGAAAAUAAUGUUGGAUAAGGAGAUAUUUUUCACUGUUAACUUUUAGCCCAUGCAUUUUCAUAAUUUAUUUUUUUCGCUUGCUGCUUUAUAUGACAUAUGUGACACUUGAUUAUUUAAUACUUCAUGUGAUUUGCAUAAACCCAAGUUGCACAGCCGUCCUGCUGAAGAUAAAAUUGAGGUUAAAGAUAAAGAUUUAUUUUCGUAUUUGUACAGUGAUCGGCUUCAGAGUGAUGAUUUUUGUGAGCUUUUAUUGUAUGUGUGUGUAAGACAUUUCAUAUGUAUAUAUUAAGUAGGCCUCUGAGUGUUGAAUAAUUGUUUUAUGAUUUUGAUUUAUAUGGUUUACAUUUUCAUUGUGUGGGCCAUAUUUCGUUUUUACUGUUUAUUUCUCUUCAAACCAUUAAUAAUUAUAAAAAUAAAGUGUAAUUUUUAUAGCAAUGCAAAUGUCUAAGGAACUACAAAUAUUUUCUACAUUGUAAAUUCAAUAAAGCUUGCUUCCUUUGGCCUUUU